AUGUUUGCUACUGUUCGCUUCGAACCUCCUCAAGAGCUUACAGCUGAAGUUUUGGAGCAACAAGACUCCCAAACCAUAGUUCGACCGUCGGACAACACACGCGUGGACUUGCAGACUCCAGUAUUCGGUUCACAAGAAAGAUCCGAGAACAGCGCCAAGCGCGCUCUGGUCGACGUUAUCAACACCAAGGUCAAGAUCACCUUCGGUAAACGCAUUUACAAGUCGAUCAAGGAAGCCCGUAUCAAGGCUGCUCUUCAGUCCAGAUUCGUGACGUUAUCUGACUUGGUCCGCGAACAAAGCCUAGUCAGAUACAUUCUCAUCGCUACUUCCACGGUCUUCAAAGGCGCUGCCACCGCUCGUAGCGUAUGCCUCCUACAUGGGCGUUAUCUUUCCUGGCCUCGCCGCUCCCAUGGAAUACGGCUGACUCCCACGAGCGACAGAGCUUUGAUACACUUCCUCGAGCGCCGUGAUGAUUGCGGCAACCAUCGCUUGCAGAGACUUGAACAGCUUCACGCCCAUCCCGCAAGCCAAACCGAACGCUCGCUUCGGCGUUUCAAUGUUACGCGAUUCGAUACGACACUUGUAGUGCCUUUCAUCCCAGCAUCACUUGGUAUGCUUGUAGGAUUCGUUCUCCGGGGCUUCCAAACUAGACGGUUCAGUAUCCGUGGUGAGUUCGAGUACCGCUAUGACGACUUGUGCCUUGUCCACAGCAACUCGGACUCGCCGCUCAGUCUCCAUCGCUUGUAUUCCACCUCAUCACACGCCAAAGCUGUCGAUAUACGCCGAAGUGCCUCGAUCAUCCCUCUUGUAGACUACAACGAGGUGCCACACUUACCAUCCGAUGCUGCAGCCUUCCCAUCUCAAGGGCUUGACGAAACAGACGCAACGAUGCGCUGCUGUUCUGCGGGGUUGACUCAGUCUCCGGAGUCUGUGGUUGCCAGCGCUCUCCUCGAAUCCACUCUAGCGAUGGUGUUGUUCUCUAUGUUCCGCCUUAGCAACUCUGCAUGUUACGAGCAAUUCACUCCCCAACAAACCCUUGCCCCCAUCCUACCGUCACCGUACGCGAGAACCCACCAUGGCUGCCAUCCAUGCCGACGACCAGGCUGCUCUCUCUUGGACGAAUACCAAGGCUGUUCAGCAUCUCAAGAUGGCCACCAAUCACCCGAGGCUGAAUAUCCAGUGAUGCUGGAGUCCGCGAGAUCGAAGCUGAAAUCGCCAAGAUGGACGCAAAAGAUCAAGACUUUCACAUCGAUUUUGAACAGUGACGAUAUUGUUCUAGAAGUUCGUGUCGGCGGAUUCUGCUUGUUGCAUUCGACCGUCUCUCCAAUACCAACCCCUAACUGCAAGACUGGGGUCGGCGACCGUUGGGUCAUCGUAAACCCUCCCCACUGGCAUCGAUGUUGGGACCGGAAAGAUUGA